AUGGCAUUUGUCAAAGGCAGUCAUUGGCAGUACCGGUGCCCCUUCAGAAAGGCAUGGGUGGAUGUGAGUGCUGAUGAAGAUCGCCAGCUGAAAGAAGCUUACCUAGCAUUGCCCCGAGGUGGGCAGCCUGUGGCGAUGUGCAAGAUCGGCAGCCUCAAGUUCUCGACCGACUUCCGGAACCUCAUCCGCACCAAUGUGGCCAGCAAGCGCACCAUGGAGGUGCGCCUCCGGGAUGGAGACCUACCCUUUCCAACGCCCAAGGGCCCUGAAGCUCCCUCAGAAGCCUCCUUGGGCGCCAACAGUCCGGAAAGCAUCGCUCCUUGUGAGCUGGAGGCGGCCAGAACAGUGCCACAUUCAGUUCGAAAAGCUUGGGGCCAUGGGAUUGAGAGCGGUAUCACCAUGAGCGGAGAGUUUGAAUUCACCAUGGAGGCAUCUGAGAAGGAGCUCUUCGGGGAGAUGCUAAGUUGGAAUAUGCUCGCUGCAGGCAUCUCGCCACAGUCGCUGGACAACCGGUGUUUGAAGUUCACCAGUAGCCAAGGAGAAGUGAGCAUGGGCAGCAAAAAGGAGAUUGCAAAGAUGCUUGGGAAUCCUCGAGCCUACCCAAUUCAUAUUUCUUACAAGCCUCAUCCAGCGUUCAAGUUUGUAGCUCCUCAGUAUGUCCCGCAUAUGGAGGUGACGCGGACCAUGCUGAAAUUCACACAAACAGCCGUGGCUGAGCUGGAUGGGAAAUUGGACAAUGUGAAGCACAAGCACCAGAGAAGAACCUUCGAACGGUAUUUGCUUUACUUGGAGGAUCACUAUUAUCAAACCGGCGAUGACCUCAGCGAUGCCCUGGAUAUGGAGGCCGUUGUGAACAAAUAUCCGGAGACUGCGUUUUCCUUUCUCCUCAUCAACAAGACUGGGCCUGGGCUCUCCAAAAUCCUGCGAGGAGAGAUUGACGUUCUAGAGUAUUUAUUUGGUGGCUGA